CUCUACACUCUCACAUUUUGUGGAAUCUCUCCAGCACUGGGUUCAUCCUACAGGCUAUUGCAGUUUCAGAGUUUCAUACAAAACAUUGGAAGUGAAGUGCGGUAUUCCUUACAUCAGGACUUCUGCAGAAACUGUAUUUUCUCAAUCAAAAGCCUCAAAACUCCAGGAAUGUCUUCCUAUCAGAAUUUUUAUAGCAGUUAUUCGCCAGAGCACAUUCAACCACCAGCGUAUGGAGACUCACAGGAUUCAUAUCCACCACCACCCUACCCCAAUGUACCACAAGGCCAGCCCCCCUAUCCUACUCAACCUUACCCCAGCACAGGGCCAGGACCAUACCAACCCUACUACAUUCCUGCUCCAGGUCCAAGACGUCCUCCAACUCAAGUUACCCAAAAUAAAGUUCCAAGCUCUUCACAAUGCUGCGAUCCAAAGAGGAAGACCUACUAUUGCAUCAUCUCCCUGUUUCUGGUCCUUUCUGUCCUGGGCAUUGGUGCUUGGAUUGUUUUCAAGUUUGUGGUGGAUAGUCCAAAAGGAUCCUCAAGCAGCCACUGCUCAAGCCCGAUGACCCAUUGCAAUGGGAUCAGUGAAUGUGAGGACAACAGCGAUGAACUGGGAUGUGUGCGAUUCAGUGGAAAGGAAUCACAGCUGGAGGUCUAUGGGUGGCAAGACAAACGAUGGUCAUCCGUUUGCUAUACGGACUGGAGUCGAUCUUUGGCAGACAAGACAUGUCAACAACUGGGGUUCAAAAGUUCUUACCAUACCGGGAGUACGAUUGGAAAGCAAUUUCCAACCCUUGUGAUCAACACAACAAAACAAGGGACCAAUCUACAAAGUAUGCUGAGCCACAGCUCCCAGUGCUCCACUAAAGAUGUCGUCUGUCUGUAUUGUGUUGAUUGUGGUAAAAGGUUCAAGACAUCUUCCAGAAUCGUGGGUGGGACACCUGCCCUACUGGGAAAGUGGCCCUGGCAAGUUAGUCUACAUUACAAGUCACAGCCAGUGUGUGGUGGAUCCAUCAUCUCACAGGACUGGGUGAUCACCGCAGGUCACUGCUUCUUUGAUAAUGAAGCGCUUCAACCAUCCAACUGGAAAGUGUACAGCGGCUUCAUUUCACAACGUCAACUCUCAGAAGCUACUUUGAGAUACGUCUCAAAAAUCAUCGUUCACAGGAACUACAACUCAAAGACCAAUGAUAAUGAUGUUGCUUUGAUGAAGCUCAGCAGACCAUUGGAGAUAACAGAUAAAGUUAGACCUGUCUGUUUGCCAACCUACUAUCAGGAAUUCCCAGAUGGAGCGCCUUGUUGGAUUACAGGAUUUGGUCGCGUACACGAGCAUGCAACCUCAGUCUCUGACACCCUCCUCGAAGCUCGUGUUAAUAUAAUCGGCAGAUCGACCUGUAACCAGAGAAACAUUUACAGUGGACAGAUAACAGAACACAUGAUCUGCGCUGGCAAGCUCUCCGGAGGAGUCGAUUCCUGUCAGGGUGACAGCGGUGGGCCUCUGGUAUGUGAGAUGUCUGGAACCUACUACCUAGCUGGAGUCACAAGCUGGGGUGUUGGCUGUGCUCGGAUAAACAGGCCAGGUGUUUAUACUCGGGUGACGCAAUUCACAGACUGGAUCUUCACACAAAUGGAGGGUAACAAGUAAUGACAAGGACUGAACACAGGCAGCUACAAGUAUGACUGUUAGCCCCGGUCUGUGUCACUUUUCUAAAAGACUUUCAUUGGGGCAGGUGACUUUCUUUCAUCGACUUGUUAAGGCACUGAAAGUCCCUAUGAAGACCAGAGCUCAUACUAAUUGUGAAGUGCAGAUUUACUCAAUCAACAAAGAGAAAAGUUCUCCACAUAGCAACAACCAGUGAUACGCUUCAUCCAGAUCAUAAGUCGAUCAAACCAUUUUUAUUUGCCUUUCACUACUCGUUACAUUAUUGUGAAGGUUCCUUCAGAUCCCCAAGGUUAUUAGGAUGGGACUUUUGCUCUGUAUGUAUAAGGCUUCCUCUCCUUUCAGAAGUCUUAGCAGAGAUGAUCAAUUUGAGAUCCAGGGCAGAGAUUUCUCUUUAGGUCAAUUGGCAAUCCAGGCAGAAGUUGCAACUAAAAUUGCAUCUGUGUUUGGAGGUGCUUUUCCUUCAAGUCCCAUUCAAAAUUAGAUGCAAAAUUUGUCAUGGACCAGAGCAACUGGCCAAGACUCAUAUAUUUUUAAAGAAAUUUGUUUUAGGUAAAUUUUUCUUGAUAUAUUUUAAAAGUGAUAACUUGAUGCUGUUUGAGUAACACAGUUGAAAAUGGGUUUCUUACAAAUUGUUAGUAUUUUUAAUGUAUUUUUAAUGACUAAAAAUGAGUUUUAAGAGCCAUUUACUGGUUCCACUAAAAUACGUUCAGCUUCUUAGGAAUUUAGAAAAUAUUGGUAUUGGUUUAUUAUUGUCACUUGUACCGAGGUACAGUGAAAAACGUGUCUUACAAACCGAUCUUACAGGUUAAUUACAUUCAUAGAGCUUUUGAAAUGCUUAUUAGCAUCCCUUUGGCUUGAAGAACCAGUUUAAUUUUUAGAGACUCAUAAAGGAUCUGCAAAUGAGUGCAACAAGCAGGGAGUCCCAGUGGGGAGUGGGGUUGUUGGGAGGAUUUUGUGAGCAGAGCCCACUUGUACAUGGUUUUUUUUAAACUUACGCAAAAUGUUGCAUAAACUCGGUUUAUAUCAAAUGGAUUCUGCAUUUCAAAUUUUGUACAGAUUAUGCCAAUAGAGGGCAAAGUGCAGCAAAUAACAAUUGACUGGAAGUUUUAAAGUAAGGUUAGGAGUAGACUGGCUGUGGGGCUGAGGGUGCUUUGUCCUAGAACUCAUCAGAGGUUACGCCAGGAUACCACAUGAUUCAGUUCAGUAUCAGUGAGUGGUGUGUGAUUGGGGCAGGAGGGAGGAUUACUUGUUUUCAUGGCAUUUUUAUCAGUUGAACAUUAGGACAUAAGAAAUAGGAGCAAGAGUAGGUCACAUAGCCACUCAAGUCUCCUCUACAUCUAACAUCAUGGCUCAACUUCCAACCACCUUUUCCUCUGAUAUUUUCCUGGAGCAUCAAAGCACAGCCACACUUUCUGAUGGACCUUGAUCACCAUCCUGUUAAAGAAAAAUGCAAGACAUUACCAUACAAAUCUAUAACGCAAUCCAGGGAUCUUAGAGCUUUUUAAUGUUAUUGUAAGCUGUUGGUUGCAGUAAAGAAAUUCCCCUUUCCUUCAUUCUACAGCCUACAACAGAGCCUUACUGAAUAGCAUGUGUCUAGUUCAAUUUAGAACCUUGAUCAAAUCAAUUUUAUUUAAAAGGCAGCAGUACGACGUGUGGAACUGCUGCCUCACAGCUUCAGCAACCUGCAUUCGACCUUGAUAUGGAUGCUGUCUGUGUGGAGUUUGCAUGUUCUUCUCAUGACCCUGUGAGCUUCCCCGGUUUCUCCUUCUGCUUUCUCCCACACAGGUCGGUGGGGUAAUUGGCCAAUGUAAAUUGUGUGCGUGAGUCGUAAGGUCUGAGGGGAAUUAACGGGAAUGUGGGGAGGAUAAAAUGUGAUUAGAGUGGUAUUAGAAUAAAUGGGUGCUUGAUGGUUGGCACAGACUCAGUGGGCCAAAGAGCCUGUCUCCAUGCUGUACAACUUCAUGACCAAGUCCUGCUCUUAGUCCAUUGGGGUGUGACCCAUCAUUAUUGUAAUCUUCAGCUCCUUCCUCCAAAGCCAAUUCCAGCUUUGUUUUUCCUCAGUGCAGUCAAAUGAGGGCAGAACAUGACAACAACAACAACUACUUGCACUUAUAUAGCACUUUGAUGUUGUAAAAUGCCCCAUGACACUUUACUGGGUAAUCAUGAAACAAAAUUUAACACCAAGGCACAUAAGGAGAUUUCAGGACCCAACUAUUGGGUGAAAGAGGGAGGAUUUCUGAAAGAAGGGAGCAGUAGAGAGAUGGAGAUAUUAAAGAGAGAACUCCAGAGGAUGGAGUCCACACACAUAAAGGCACAACUGCUGAUAAAGGACCAGAGUUACUGGAGCACAGAAUGUUAUAGACUGGACAGGUUACAGAGGUAGGGAAUAGUAAGGCCUUGGAGAUACUUGAAAAAUGGGUUUAAAAUGGAGGUGUUCUUGCACUGGAACAGAGGGCAGAGGGGUGAAUGGGACAGUGAGUGUUAGAUAAAGGUAGCUAAGUUUGGGAGAUAUAUGGUGGCCUUAAUGCUAGAGCUUUAGCAAGGUCACUAGAUGUUUGUUCUCAACAGAUCCUAACCAAUAUUUGUGACCAGACUUAUUCCGCCAGCCUGGAUCACUUGGUCAAAGGUGUUGCCAAAGAUCAGGAAUGCCUCUGUUUUUCCUCAAGGUAUUCCACCCAGUUGAAGAGAGCAGCUGAUUUAAGACGAUGCGCAAAGUGAUUAAUUGAAUGAUUAAAUCAGGAAUCUUGUAUUUUGAAUCUAGAUUUUAAUUCCUGUGUUUUUGUAAUUUAUUGAGAGAAUAAUUGUCUAACUGUUUCUGUUCUUGAAUGUGGCAGUAAGCUGGAUGAGUGUAUGUCUAUCAUGUUAAAAAUAACGUGAUGUCGAUACUGUUCAUCAGUCUCAUGAAUUUGAUGAUACUUUUGUUUGCUUCAGAGUAAUUUUCUUAAUGUUUGUUUGUCUAUUGGAUAUGUUUGUAAUAUUUUGACUCCCCUUCAUAUUCAUGCUCACAGAACAUCAUGAAUUUUUUUAUGAAUACAACUCUAAUCCUAAGUAUUAGGAUUGGUUCAUAAUCAGAUGAGAGACAGAGAGUGAUGGAAACCAAGUACCAGCCUUACAGUAGAGCGCUACUGUUCCCAUUGAGAUGACUGUGAAACUCCAGUAACAUAACCUACAAAGAGGCAGCUCCAAGGCAGAUUUCAGCUCUUCAGUGAAGGUGGAUAACAGGUAGGGAGGAGGGAAUUGGAGAGAGAAGGAACAUUUGGAUUUUUUAGUGUACAUUACAAGGGAUUUAAAGUCUGUUGGUUCAUAAUUUGGUUUCAAAACCACUUCAAUCAAACUCCUAACUUUCGAGUGCUUUCAGCUGACUUCCUUAUGAAUCCAUAACAUUCUGUGACUGAGAAGGUUGGUAAAUACCUGCCUUGGGAGAUGCAUUCAGUUCUGACUCACUCCAAAUGGUGGUAUGAUCCUACUAAGUACAGAUGUUUUCAGUGAGAAAACUUCUUGGUGCAAGCAGAUACAUACCUCCAAUGUCACACGAACUGCUAAUGUUCAGGAAAUUUUAACAUAAAUCAAUCUUAGGUGCAUAAGUGAAGAAACUAACAUGGGUGAGGGUUAUUGGGCACAUAGGAGCAGAAAUAGGCUGUUCAGUUUCUUGAGUGUAGUCUGCCUUUCAAUGAGAUUAUUGGUCAUUGUAUCCUAACCCUGAGCAAACUAAUCCUAACUGAUGUCUACCCAACCUGAAUUUACUGAUUUCAGACUUAAAUUUAAUUGAGCUAGCAUCCAUUAUGUUUUGCAGGAGGGAUCCUUUACACUUAUACUCACUUUGCAUAACAAAGAUCCUAACUUCUCCAGUGAAUCACCUGACUUUGAAAUGAGAUUUCAAGAAAGUAGUAAUUCAUCCUUCCUGCUUUCAAAGCUGUUAAACUGCCCACAAAUGUGAAGAAUGGAAUAUUGCAUUAUUUAUAUAUGGUUGAUUUGAUAUAUUUUUCUAUUCUCUUUGAUCAACGAAGUAAAGAACCAAACCAUGCAUUUUCUUAUAAGAAAGGGGUAAGAAUUAGUUGACUUAAGCAAUAGGAGUUGAGAUCUUGGACUUCUUAUGAAGUAUAGAAAAUACUGGUUGACAUGCAGUGUUGGCAAAAGCACUUUGAACACCGAUGACUUGAAAGCACAAUAUAUUUGGAAGGAAUCCAAUCAAACUUGAAUGCGGAAACAAAUCUGAUUUAUUGUAAUUAUUGAGAUACUGUGUUGAAUUGUUUUCUUCAGAAAA